AUGUCGGAAGCAGUGAGCUCGGUAUCAUCGACCUCUGCGUCUACAGGUCUCCGGGCGGGGCAGCUACCUUCCGGCGGCGAUGAUGUAUCGACGGGCUCAGAUUGCUCUGUUCCGUCGCCACCUAUGGGCUAUUCCACACUGCUCCGUAAUGGAGCCGGUCGGAAGAAGACCGGCAAACCUGCGCCUCCAGUGUCCUUCGACAUCUCUAAACCGUCCGAUUGCGACCUGUUGGCGAUGAUUCAGCUCAAUGAUGACGAGACCGAUCGUGACGUUAUUCUGCGUAAGCUCCGUGCCUUGGGCCCGGGUGUAGCAGAAGAGUUUCUUUACUCGGUGGAAUUGGAGGUAUGGUGCUAUUUUCGAAGGUGGAAACUUCCAAGUUAG